AUGGAGAUCUCCAAAUCUCGGUCAUUCUUCCAGGACAUCAGAUCAAGAGAGUUAAAUGGGUUCAGAGUUCGAAAACGACCAUACAUCGACAAUGACUCGUCGGAAUUCAGUCAAAUUGGAGCUGUGGCUGUUGAGCACAGUGGCGACCAAACGCCUCCAAUGGCACUCUCUUUCUGCAAUACAAGUAAGAGUUCCCAUAUUCUUGCUGUGACUGAUGAGUUUGGGUAUGUUAGUUUGUACAAUACUCGUUUGGAAUUCCCAUCUUUCUCGAGUUACCAAGAAAAUUCAGAAAAAGCUAGGGUAUGCGAGUGGGUUGCCCACGAUAAUGCCAUAUUUGAUGUGUGUUGGAUCAAGGAAGACACCAGCAUUCUAACAGCUUCAGGUGACCAGAGUAUAAAGGUAUGGGAUGCUCAAGAAAAGAAAUGUAUUGGGGCAUUGAUGGGGCAUACAGCAAGUGUGAAAUCCGUAUGCUCUCAUCCAACAAAUCCUGAUGUCAUUGUUUCUGGUUCAAGAGACGGGUCCUUUGCCCUUUGGGAUUUGAGGGGCUCUGGGAAGUUCUGCAUAGAUUCAUUUGCUGCGGUCCAUGGGGCUCAUAUUUCACCAAAUGGAAAGCGGACUAGGCGUGGCAAGGCUGCUUCCAUGAGUAUCACAUCAGUUCUUUAUCUAAAAGACGAGGUCUCCAUUGCUACUGCUGGAGCAGUAGACAGUGUUGUAAAGUUCUGGGAUACCAGAAACCUAAAAGGUCCAGUUAUUCAGGCAUGUCCUCAUACGGAGUCUUCAAGUGAAAAGGAAAGAAGAUUACAUGGCAUAUCAUGCCUGUCCCAAGAUUUAAAUGGAGUAUUUAUUUCAGCUUCAUGCAUGGACAAUAGAAUAUACCUAUAUAAUGUACUUCAGCUUGAUAAGGGUCCUGUGAGAUCUUUCUCUGGAUGCCGCACUGGAUCUUUUUUCGUGAAGUCAGCAUUGAGUCCUGAUGCAGCUCACAUACUGAGCGGUUCUAGUGAUGGAAAUGCCUACAUAUGGCAGGUGAACAAACCUCAAGCAGAUCCCACCAUACUGAGAGGUCAUGAUGGAGAAGUUACAGCAGUAAACUGGUGCCCAUCUGAGACAGGAAAAGUAGCCACUUCUUCUGAUGAUUUCACUGUUCGCUUUUGGAACAUCCAAAGCAGUUGUUACUCAAAUACAAGAUCUCCAUCUUCUAUUCGAAGGAGAGUAAUGGCACUUCCAAGCAUGGAAUGUAAAAAGCUUUUUGCGGAGGAAGAGCCAAAGGGAUUCAAAAAGGAUUCUGGCAGUUGUCCAUCAGAUGGAGAAAUGCACCAAAUUAAUUCACCCAAGCGAACUACAAUGCCUGAACUCAGCACUCCAAAGUCUCAACAGAAAAAAUUCUCAUCAGGCUUAGAUCUGAAAGAAAACAUUGAGAGAACACCUGAAGCUGCAUUAACUAGUCCGUCAUCUGUUCUAAAUCCUCCUUCCUCUUUGAAAAGAACAAUUCGAGAUUACUUUCUGGCGUCUUCAUGAUUAUAUUGUAGCGAAGGUUGUAUUUAAAAUGGACAAUUUUGCGAUGGCUUGUUCACUUAUGGAGAUGGCAAAGGAACCUUUCUAGGUUUUUUUUGAACAGGUAUAGCUUUCACAAUGGUCUUUUUCUUUGGUAUAUGUAACAAUUUUAUAGCAUGGCAAGCCAAAAGAGCUUUUACAUUGUGUUUUGCAGAUUUGUACUAGAACUGUAAAUUGAUAUAAAAAAGUUUUCAUUGGGAAGGAGUUAUUAUUAUUAUUCUUGGGCUGAGCAUUGGGAAUUUUGGGGGAACAUAAUUAUUUUCUUUUUUUGUGCUUGUUUGUAUUCUGUACAUAGGUGAAGAAUGUAAU